ACCAGUGCACCCUUGAAGCCGAAGCCAUGAGUGAACACAAGCGAAGGAAGACCACAGCUGACACGGGACACGGAAAGACUCCAUUUGGACGCCAGGUGGACAGCAUGCAGAGCAUGCUGAAGAGAGUCGAAAUGUACGGCAACAAGCUGAAUGCUCAAAUUCUCAACAUCAAGCGGCUGUUGAGGACCAACCAGAAUGUUGUGGCCCAGCUGAAGGCCAACGAGCAGACACUAAAGUCGCUGAUGGGAGAGAAAAAGAAACUGAAACCUAAGCCAGUUCGGGCUAGGCAAAGAUCUUCAAAGCAGCUCGUGGAAGUGCUGACAAAAUUUAAUUCCGUUGCCCAGGAAUUGGAACGCUUGCGCCCGCCCAGUUCGAGCCCACGUCGUGAGGCUUGCAAGGUAGCCAGCAUCAAAGAAAUAUGCUCGGUACAAUGCAAGCCCACGACGGAGGGCUGCUUACCACGAAUGGAAGUGGAAACGGUCGGAUGUGCCACUGAGCUGCAAAGCGAAAGAGCAGCGCUGUUCAAGGCACUCAAAAGGGACUUGGCUGAUCGACCGAGGGGUGGAGGUCGGGAUCCUGCAGAGACGUUGACGACGGGUUUGCGAAAUGUGCAGCUGCAACGCCAUCACACGCUGAUUGGAAGAGUCGAAAAAAUUUUGGAGAGCGUUGAGAAUUUGGACAUGAAAACGGAGAUCGUUUCGGAUGUAAAGAUUCUGUGCAAUCUGGUGAGGAAUGCUCUAAUUCAGCGGAAGAAGAGACUCCUCCAGAGCGACUGCCAGCAAUCGCGACGCAGCGAAAAGUUGCGGCAGGAAAAUAGAGUCACAUUUUCGAAACUCUGUCAGACGGGCCACAUAAAUCCGUAUAUGUAGGAAUAUUUUAGAAAUAAAAUACAAAAAAUAGAUCGCAUC